AAAGAGCGGAGGGCUACAACUUGAAAGACGAAGACGGACGCCUUCGGGGGACCGUUCAGGAUCACGGCACUGCGGGUCCCCAUAUUGAAGCCCAUGGACCUUAUGGUGGAAGCCAGCCCACGGCGGAUCUUUGCGAAUGCUCACACGUAUCACAUCAAUUCCAUUUCAGUGAACAGUGACCACGAGACGUAUCUCUCUGCAGAUGACCUGCGAAUUAACCUGUGGCACCUGGAAAGCACAGACAGAAGUUUCAACAUCGUGGACAUCAAGCCCGCAGACAUGGAGGAGCUGACGGAGGUCAUCACGGCGGCCGAGUUCCACCCGCACCAGUGCAACGUGCUCAUCUACAGCAGCAGCAAGGGCACCGUGCGGCUGUGCGACAUGCGCUGCUCCGCCCUCUGCGACAGGCACGCCACAUUCUUCGAGGCGCCUGAGGAUCCCAGCAGCAGGUCCUUCUUCUGGAUCAUCUCCUCCAUCUCCGACGUGAAGUUCAGCCACAGCGGGCGGUACAUGAUGACCAGGGACUACCUGUCGGUGAAGGUGUGGGACCUCAACAUGGAGAGCAGGCCCGUGGAGACGCACCAGGUGCGCGGGUCCCUGCGCCGCAAGCUCUGCUCGCUCUACGAGAACGACUGCAUCUUUGACAACUGCUGGAAUGGCUCCGACAGCGCCAUCAUGACCGGCUCCUACAGCAACUUCUUCAGGAUGUUUGACAGGAGCUCGCGGAGGGACGUCACGCUGGAGGCCUCUGGCGAGAACAGCAAGCCUCGCGCCAGCCUCAAGCCCCGGAAGGUGUGCGCAGGCGGGAAGAGGAAGAAAGACGAGAUCAGUGUGGACAGUGUGCACUUCAACAAGAAGAUCCUGCACACAGCCUGGCACCCGGUGGAGAACACCAUCGCCGUGGCCGCCACCAAUAACUUGUAUAUAUUCCAGGACAAGGCCAACUAG